AAGAAAGAAAGAAAGAAAGAAUCCCAGCUGCAAAGAAGGGAUGGGGGAAAAAAUGCAAAAGGAGAGGUGAAAAAAAAAAAAAGAGAGAGCGAGAGACGAGCCUUCCCACUUUCUCCCCAAUCUGGGGCACCGCGAGGAAGCCAGGAAACGUCCUUCUCUGAGCAGUUUUUGGACAAAAGAGACCCCAAACUUUUGCAAAAGUUGGAGAAAAAGAAGAAGAAAAAGAAGAAGGAGGAGGAGGAGGAGUCAAAGCCUUGGGUGGAAAACAACAAAGGAAAGUUGGGAUUGGGACUUUGAAAACAUUUUAUAAAAAUUAUUUUGAAGAUUAUUAUUUUUUAUAAAAAAAUAUAUAUUUUUCUGGAUGGCUUGGAGAUAGAGGAGCCCCGGGCCCGGCUGGAAAGAAGCCUCUCUCUGGUUGCAUCUCUCUGGAUCUCUGCUUUGGAUGCAUAGGAUGGCGGCGCCAGGCGUCCUCCUCCUCCUCCUCGUUGCAAACCUGCUCCUGGUUGUAGAGGCCAAGAAGCAGCCCGACGGAGGAGGAGGAGGAGGAGGAGGAGGAGGGUCCGCCUGCUACGGGGGCUUCGACCUCUACUUCGUGCUCGACAAAUCGGGGAGCGUCCUGCACCACUGGAGCGAGAUCUACUACUUUGUGGAGCAUCUGGCGCACAAGUUUAUAAGCCCACAACUGAGGAUGUCCUUCAUAGUUUUCUCAACCAGAGGUUCGACUCUGAUGAGACUCACCGAAGACAGGGAGCAGAUCCGGCAGGGCCUGGAGGAGCUGCAGAAGGUCCUUCCCGGAGGAGACACCUACAUGCACGAAGGCUUUGAACGGGCAAGUGAACAAAUUUACCAUGAAAAUGUCCAAGGAUUCCGGACGGCCAGUGUCAUCAUUGCGCUGACCGAUGGCGAGUUGCACGAAGACCUUUUCUUCUAUGCUGAGCGAGAGGCCAACCGAUCCAGGGAACUGGGAGCAACCGUUUACUGCGUCGGAGUGAAAGAUUUCAACGAAACGCAGCUGGCCCGGAUUGCCGACAGCAAGGACCACGUUUUCCCCGUCAAUGACGGCUUCGAAGCUCUCCAGGGCAUCAUCGACUCCAUCUUGAAGAAAUCCUGCAUCGAGAUCCUGGCGGCCGAACCCUCCCGAAUCUGCGCCGGAGAAUCGUUCCAAGUGGUCGUGACCGGGAACGGGUUCCGCCACGCGCGCAACGUGGACCGCGUCCUUUGCAGCUUCCGCAUCAACGAGACCGUCACGCUCAAUGAGAAGCCCUUUGUGGUCGAAGACACUUACCUGCUUUGCCCGGCUCCUGUUUUACGAGAAGUUGGCAUGGAAGCGGCUCUGCAAGUCAGCAUGAACGAUGGCCUGAGCUUCAUCUCGAGCUCCGUCAUCAUCUCCAGCACACACUGCUCGGACGGGACGAUCCUGGCGCUGGUGCUGCUGAUCCUCUUCCUGCUCCUGGCCCUGGCCCUGCUCUGGUGGUUCUGGCCCCUCUGCUGCACCGUGAUCAUAAGGGAGCCGCCUCCACCUCCGAUGGACGACAGCGAGGACGAGGAUGACGACGGACUUCCCAAGAAGAAGUGGCCGACCGUCGAUGCGUCUUAUUACGGCGGACGGGGCGUCGGGGGCAUCAAGCGCAUGGAGGUGCGCUGGGGCGAGCGGGGCUCCACGGAGGAGGGGGCCAAGCUGGAGAAGGCCAAGAACGCCCGGGUCAAGAUGCCGGAGCAGGAGUUCGAGUUCCCGGAGCCCCGGAGCCUGGCGGGAGGCAUGCGCAGGACCUCCUCCCCACACAAGUGGUACUCGCCCAUCAAGGGAAAACUAGACGCUCUCUGGGUUUUGCUGAGAAAAGGCUACGACCGGGUCUCUGUGAUGCGGCCACAACCGGGAGACAAGGGCCGGUGCAUCACCUUCACGCGGGUGAAGAGCGGUGGGGGUCUGCCCCCCAAGUACCCCCUGAACAACGCGGUCCCGCCCCCGGCCCCCGUCUACUGCCCCCCCUGCCCCCAGGCCCCCCGGCCCCCCUCCCCCCUGCCGCCCCUCCCGCCCCCCUCCCCACGCCCCGCCCCCCGCCCGGGCCCCGCCCCCCUCCCGGCCCCCGCCACGCCCCUCCGUCUAGACCCCAAGACCCCCCCCGCCCCCCCCUCCUUCCCAGAAUCCCCCUCCGGCCCCUGUCCAGCAUCGUCCCCAAAGGGUCUCCAGAGAAGCCCUGCCAGGAGCAACUCCUUCCUCGCUUCCAGUGGACCAUUGAUCUUGCAACCGUCUCCAAAUCAGGAAAGUUGCAUCCUUGGCUUUCCUACUUGCACCGAGAAGGCACCCUUGCUUUUCCAAAUUGCAAAGCCCAACGUCAACGAAAGACACCUUUCCAUUUGGAAGGAAGAUGGUGACAUUGCCAGGAGCAACCUCGCCGCUUCUGGUGGACCGUUGAUGUUGCAAUCAUCUCCAAAUUGUGGAAGUUGCAUGGCUCCCAUGCACCGUUGCUUUCCUCUUUGCACGGAGAACGGAUUCUGUCUGUCGGUGAGAAAUGCAUUGCAAGGAGCAACCUUGCCGCUUCUGGUGGACCAUUUGUGUUGCAACCAUCUCCAAAUCGUGGAAGUUGCAUGGCUCCCAAGCGUCGUUGCUUUCCUCUUUGCACCGAGAAUGCAUCCUUGUUUUUCUGAAUUGCAACGCCAAACGUCAACGAAAGACAGCUUUCCAUUUGGAAGGAAGAUGGUGCCAUUGCAAGGAGCAACCUCGCCGCUUCUGGCGGACUGUUGGUGUUGCAACCGUUGCCAAAUUGUGGAAGUUGCAUGGCUCCCAUGCACCGUUGCUUUCCUCUUUGCGCCGAGAACGGAUUCUGUCUGUCGGUGAGAAACGCAUUGCAAGGAGCAACCUUGCCGCUUCCGGUGGACCGUUUGUGUUGCAACCAUCUCCAAAUCGUGCUCUCCUAUUUGCACCGAGAAUGCAUCCUUGCAUCCUUGCUUUUCCGAAUUGCAACGCCCAACGUUUUUCCUUUUCAUUUGGAAGGAAGAUGGUGGCAUUGCCAGGAGCAACCUUGCCACUUCUGGUGGACUGUUGGUGUUGCAACCAUCUCCAAAUCAGGCAGGUUGCACGGCUUCCAAGCAGCGUUGCUUUCCUAUUUGCACCAAGAAUGCAUCCUUGCUUUUCCAAAUUGCAACACCCAACGUCAACGAAAGACACCUUUUCAUUUGGAAGGAAGAUGGUGGCAUUGCCAGGAGCAACUUCUUCAUCGCUUCCAGUGGACCGUUUGUGUUGCAACCAUCUCCAAAUUGUGGGAGUUGCAUAGCUUCCAAGCAUCACCAAGACACACGCUGGUAGAUUCCAACAGGUUUUAUUGUACAGAAUACCAGAACCUUCUCUUUGGCCCAUUUGUAUAGGGGCUCUCACAUACCAGAGGGUAAUUGAGGUUUUAUGGCUGGCAUCUGUUCUUUGUCAGCCGACCGGAGAUGUCAAAGAUUUGAGAUCAUGACACCUAUUUGCACUGAGAAUGCAUCCUUGCUUUUCCAAAUUGCAACGCCCAACGUCAACGAAAGACACCUUUCCAUUUGGAAGGAAGGUGGUGGCAUUGCCAGGAGCAACUUUGCUACUUCUGGUGGACCAUUUGUGUUGCAACCAUCUCCAAAUCGUGGAAGUUGCAUGGCUCCCAAGCGUCGUUGCUUUCCUAUUUGCACCGAGAAUGCAUCCUUGCUUUUCCGAAUUGCAACGCCCAACGUCAACGAAAGACAGCUUUCCAUUUGGAAGGAAGGUGGUGCCAUUGCCAGGAGCAACUUUGCUACUUCUGGUGGACAGUUUGUGUUGCAACCGUCUCCAAAUCGGGCAGGUUGCACGGCUUCCAAGCAUCGUUGCUUUUCUAUUCAAUCGGUUGCAACCAGAUUGAACAUUGAGUUACGGUGAGUUUUCUGGGCAUUGCAAGGGAGCAUUGCUUCCAAGCACCAUUGCUUCCUGUUUGCGCAGAGCAUGGAUCCUUGCUUCUGCAUUUCUCCAGUUGGAACAUUCACGUUGCUUCGUCAUCAGAAAUGAAACCUCUCCAUUCAUCUCCAAGAAGGAAGGAAAGAAGGCAAUGCCACUCAUCGCUCGCCAUUCAUCACGGAGAAGGAAGGCGAAGGUUGGCGAGGAAGAACAUCUCAUUCAUCUCUUGGCUCUUCCUCUGCAGAUGUGUUUGGCGCAACCGUUGCCAAAGUUUGGGAAGAAGGAGCAUUGCUUCUUAUUUGCACCGGGAAUGGAUCCUUUCUUGGAUGGGUGGUGCGCCAAAGCCACAAUCCUGGAGAUCUUGCAAGCGCCAUUUUCAUGCGCCGUGGGCAUUGUUUUGGGCCUCGGAUUUGCGCAUUUCAUUAAGGAGACAGCGGAUGAACCAAACUAGGGUUUGUGAUGGAUCGAAAGGGGAAAGUGGAUUGGAAAUGGGAAUACUGGCCUCUCGUUAAUAGGUUUCCAAAGGACCAGAGGAGAAUUGCAAGAUGGCAAAGUGUGUUUUUGCAAUGUUUGAAGGGAGGAAAUGAAUGGUUUUGCUGUGCAGCAAAGGGUGAUGGUGCUUGGUUUUGUGGCAGGACCCAAAAUGUGCCCAAAGUGGAGUCUUUUCACAGUGCGUUUCAGUCUGGGUCAAGCUCAGAAGUGUGCAUUUUCCACCCUUGGAAGCACUUGGAGAGAGAAGCGAUGCCUUCAAGGGAUUUCAUGGUGCAUUAUAAUACUUUUUCAUUUCUCCCUGGGAGAAAAAUAACCCUUAGAGAGCAUGGAUUUGCAAGCAGGCGCUCGCAUUUGCAACCCUUUGCGCUGAGUUUGUCGUAUUUGUAGGAGCCACGCUGGGCUUGCGAGUGGAGGAAGGUGAGCCACGAAUGAGGCUUGAGUCCAUCCUGGUUCAUUCAAGAUGAUUCGAGUCUCAGUUUGGGGAGGAUUUUGGGAGAACGGAGGGAGGAAAGAAGCAGAAAGUAACAGAGACACCUUGUGUUGUUGGGAUAAUAUCUCCCAACAGUCUUCGUUCCAAUUUCGUUGGGAACAUCCAAGGGAAAUACAGUAGAGUUCCAGUUGUCUGACAUAAACGGGCGGGCAGAAUGUUGGAUAAUUGAAACUGUUGGAUAAUAGAGCCAAGCCUCUCCAUGCUCCAAGCCGGAUGGAGGAGACUUCCCUGCCGGCAAGCACCGAGCUUCAAGAACCCUGUUGCUGCCUAGAAAAACAGCAUUUUUUCUAGGCAGCAACACGCAAGGGGCCUCUCCAAGCGCCUGGUGCUUGCUGGGAGGGAAAAGUCAGUGCCAGUCGCGUCUCAUCCCUUCCGGCAAGCACCCGGCUUGGAGAGGCCCACAGAGCAUUGCUGCCCAGAGAAAUAGCAACACGCAAGGGGCCUCUCCAGGUGCCUGGUGCUUGCCGGGAGGGAAAAGUCUGUGCCGGUCACGUCUCAUCCCUUCCGGCAAGCACCCGGCUUAGAGAGGCCCACAGCACAUUGCUGCCUAGAGAAACAGCAACAUGCAGCAGGCCUCUCCAGGUGCCUGGUACUUGCCAGGAAGGAAAAGUCUGUGCCGGUCGCGUCUCAUCCCUUCCAGCAAGCACCCGACUUGGAGAGGCCCACAGCGCAUUGCUGCCUAGAGAAAUAACAACAUGCAGCAGGCCUCUCCAAGCGCUUGGUGCUUGCUGGGAGGGAAAAGUCUGUGCCGGUUGCGUCUUAUCCCUCCCGGCAGGCACCCGGCUUGGAGAGGCCCACAGCGCAUUGCUGCCUAGAAAAACAGCAGAUUUUCUAGGCAGCAACAUGCAAGGGGCCUCUCCAAUCGCCUGGUGCUUGCCGGGAGGGAAAAGUCUGUGCCGGAUGCGUCUCAUCCCUCAUGGCAAGCACCCCGCUUGGAGGCCCACAGUGCAUUGCUGCCUAGAGAAACAGCAACAUGCAGCAGGCCUCUCCAAGUGCCUGGUGCUUGCCAGGAGGGAAAAGUCUGUGCCGGUUGCAUCUCAUCCCUCCGGCAAGCACCUGGCUUGGAGAGGCCCACAGCGCAUUGCUGCCUAGAAAAACAACAAUUUUUCUAGGCAGCAACACGCAAGGGGCCUCUCCAAGUGCCUGGUGCUUGCCGGGAGGGAAAAGUUGCCCCGGUCGCGUCUCAUCCCUCCCGGCAAGCACCCGGCUUGGAGAGGCCCCCACCCAGCGUGUUGCUGCCUAGAAAAACAACAACAUGCAGCAGGCCUCUCCAAGCACCGGGCACCCAUCAGAAGGGGCGAGAAGUCGGCACAUCGGAUAAUACAGAGUGUCGGAUAAACGGAAGUCGGAUAAGCUGAAUUCUACUGUAAGGAAUGGUUGGAAAGGGGUUACGGAAGAGAGGGAUGUAGUUGCAAAUGAGGAUGAUAUAUGGAGUUUGGAAAUGGCACGGUAGGAGAAUAUCCCAUCCAAUGUUUGCUUCCUUUUCCUGCAAAACGGCUCCUGAACUGCAGAGAGCCCUCAAAGUCUUCCUUUGUGUCCCUGCCACAAAAGCUGUUAAAAGUUCAGGGAAAGACCUGCUUGCAAACAGAGCGGCCUCAAUCUGGUCUGGAUCCGUGCCUUUGUGUUGCAUUUUCCUGGUGCAGACGGAAGGGUGUUUAUUGUUGUUGGGCAGGCAGCCUUUGCAGCCACUUUCCAGAUCCAAAGUCCAAGAAGUGCACUGGUUGCAUUUCUUUCCUUUCUGCUUCUUUCUCCUUCCUUUUGUGGAUUUUGCCUUUUCCCAGCCCUGCAUUUUAGGCACAUCGUAAACAUAGCAAACACAGCUCAGGACCAGGCUGAGAAAGGCUUCGAAAGAGGCACAAAAAGGACCGAGUCCUUCAAAAGCAAACUCCCUCCAUCUGGAUGUUUGCAGUGAAAGCAUUUUUUUUUUUUGCAAGAGCCUUUUUGGACACCACUUUUGCAUCUUGUUUUUUUAAGUGCCUGUUGGCAUGAGUUUUUCCACAGAAGAGCCUUGGGAAGAUGCGUAGGUGUGCGAGGGAAGAAAUAGCGCUGCAACGACACAUUUCCAAAAAUGGUUUUCCUGGCGGUUUGGGAAAAGGAAGAGUAUUCUAUCCCGGCGGGAACGCAGUGCAAUUUCCUGCCGGCCGGAUCCCAAAAUGUUGGGAGAGCAAGGCCAAAAAAGAACAGGGUUUUUGCACCAAAAGAAGCGGGUUUUGCGCACCCAAACGUUGCAUUUCCUCAGCACCAAAUCCCUUCCAAAAACAAUACUGGGUAAUUUUUGGGAAACUCAAAUACAGGGAAACUGUGGUGGGUGAAUAUUCAUGUUGGAAAGAAAAUGAUCCUUGCUUGCAGUGAAAGAUCAAGAUCCCUUGCUCUGUGCGGAGCACUAUGUCUCUCCAAGUGGGAGAUCUAGUGCUCCAUGCAAACUAAUUUUUGGGAAACUCGAAUAUAGGGAAACUAUGGUGGAUGGAUAUUCAUGUUGGAAAGAAAAUGAUCCUAAUGAAUCCUCCUUUCUUGCAGCAAAGGAUCGAGAUCCCUUGCUCUGUGCGGAGCACUAUGUCUCUCCAAGUGGGAGAUCUAGUGCUCCAUGCAGUGAAACUAUGUUUGAAAAGGUCAAAGGAUUGUUCUUCUUGGUUGCGUUUAAUAUUUGGUUUUCUGCUCGUCAUAACAAGAUCCCCAAACCACUGCAGAAUAAGACCAUGCAAUGUUGCCGUUGUUUCUCGUGGGUUUUUGCCAAUGGUUGUGAUGCUGACAAAUAUCUCUCCACACUUUGAGAUGGUUUCCCAUAGUUAGGAAUUUGGAGGUUGGAUUAUAUUUGCAGAUUGCAUACAUUCUCUCUAGGAAUCCACGUCUUCCGGUGCAACGUCUGCCAGAAAGUGGCCAUAGGAGGCUUCUCUAUGCAUUUGGAGAUCAUGUGCCAAUUUGCAGCAGACGUUCACCAUAAAAGUCAUAAAAGUUUUUGAAAUUUGCAGUAUUUCUGCCUUUUGCGGGGAUCUUGUGCUCCGCCCCAGAAAAUGCAUUUAUUUGAUUCUAAGAUUGCCGAAAUUGCAAAGAGUGCACUUUUUGCGCAUGUUUAUUUGCCAGCAAAUACUUUUUUUUCUGGUUCCGGGAUUUUGGAAAUGGAGGUGCGUGCACAUGAGAUCCGCUAGUGCAUGAGGAUCGAGUAAAUACAUGCAGCAACUGCCAUGCGCACCUUUUUGGCCCAAAUUACAGUUUUUGGAUUUGCAGUAUUUCCGCCUUUUGCGGGGAUCUUGUGCUCCUUCACCCCAGAAAAUGCAUUUAUUUGAUUCUAAGAUUGCCGAAAUUGCAAAGAAUGCACUUUUUGUGCAUGUCAUUUGGCAGCAAAUACUUUUUUUUCUGGUUCCGGGAUUUUGGAAAUGGAGGUGCGUGCACAUGAGAUCCGCUAGUGCAUGAGGAUCGAGUAAAUACAUGCAGCGAUUGCCAUGCACACUUUUUUUGGCCCAAACUGCAAAGGGUGCACUUUUUGCACACGUCAUUCAGCAACAAAUAACCUUUUUUUGGGGAUUCAGGGUUUUGGAAAUUGGGGUGCGCAUGUUACCCAAUGGUGCAUGAGACCCGCAAUGCAAAAACUCACCCCAUAUUUGGAGACGGGGAAAACGAGCGUGUCUUAGAAUGGAAGAAAUGCAGAUUGUGCUUGAAGAAAUGCAUCCUGUUGCUUGACUUAGUGAAAGCGCAAUGCCCGGGAAGGGUUUUUAUUAAUGCGCGGCCCUGUUGACGUGUCCGUCAGUCUCUGCCCCACGAAAUGCACCCCAAAUGCAGCAAAAGAGGGGCUUUGUCUGCAGGCAGAACAAAGCCAUCUCUAUAGGAAAAAGCGCCUCUCCGAAAGGACCCGUUGCGCCCAAGGAUGGCUUCGUGGUCCUUUCGCGGAGCAGGAUUCGAACCCAGACCCCGAGGCUUUAAGAAGGAGGGAAAACGACUCUUUUUGACUGCCCCAACUGCUUGCUUUCAAUGGGUUUGCUCAAAGGCGCGCCCCAAAGAGACGGGAAAUUAUAUAUACGAGCGUAGGUCAAAAAUGUUUUGCCUCCUGUGUCAUAAAAACGUUAUGAAUUAACCCGUAAGAGCAGUAUUUCCUCUGCAUGAAAUUACCGCUCAACACUGUCGUCCUCAAGUUGUACACAUUUGCACCAUCGUUUAACCCAGGUAUCAAAACUCAUUUUGGGAAAAUUCAGGGUUUUUGCUUCGUGACUCACAGAUUUCAAACCUGUUUUGAGGCCAUUCAAGUCACUGAAUCCGAAACCACGUCAGUUGGCUUUUUGGACCGCUGAAAGGUUUUGAUGCCUGGGUUAAACGAUGGCGCAAAUGUGUACAAAUCGAUGGUGACGAUGUUGAGCGGUAGUUUUGUGCAAAGGACAGUUUAAGGUAAUAGUAAUAAUAAUAAUAAUAAUAAUAAUAGUAGUACUUUAUAUAUAUAUCACCCUGUUUUCUCAAGGGACUCAGGGUAGUUUCCAACAUAGCAAGGAAACCAUAGAACAACUUAAAACAAAAAACUAAACAAUACAAUAAUGAUCAUAAGUAGCGUUCAAGGGGCUCUUGGAUUGUAGGCGAACUAUAAAUUCCAGCAACUACAACUCCCAUAUAUAUUCAGGUCAGCUUAUACUCGAGUAUAUACGGUCUUAAGGUCUCCCGGCAUUAGGACAGUUGAGAACUGCUGAUGUAAUGGCACACAGGUACCUCAGCUGUUAGACUGAAAGACCAUAAAAUAAUUUAAUGGUUGUGGGGUCAUCACAACAUAAGGAACUGGAUUAAGGGGUCACGGCAUUAGGACGGUUGAGAACCGCUGAUGUAAUGGCACACGGGUAACUCAGCUGUUAGAUUGAAAAGCCAUAAAAUAAUUUUAUGGUUGGGGGUCUCCACAACAUAAGGAACUGGAUUAAGGGGUCACGGCAUUAGGACGGUUGAGAACCGCUGAUGUAAUGGCACACGGGUAACUCAGCUGUUAGAUUGAAAAGCCAUAAAAUAAUUUUAUGGUUGGGGGUCUCCACAACAUAAGGAACUGGAUUAAGGGGUCACGGCAUUAGGACGGUUGAGAACCGCUGAUGUAAUGGCACACAGGUAACUCGGCUGUUAGACUGAAAAACCAUAAAAUAAUUUUAUGGUUGGGGGUCCCCACAACAUAAGGAACUGGAUUAAGUGGUCACGGCAUUAGGACAGUUCAGAACCGCUGAUGUAAUGGCACACAGGUAACUCAGCUGUUAGAUUGAAAAGCCAUAAAAUAAUUUUAUGGUUGGGGGUCCCCACAACAUAAGGAACUGGAUUAAGGGGUCACGGCAUUAGGACAGUUGAGAACCGCUGAUGUAAUGGCACACAGGUAACUCGGCUGUUAGACUGAAAAACCAUAAAAUAAUUUUAUGGUUGGGGGUCAUCACAACAUAAGGAACUGGAUUAAGGGGUCACGGCAUUAGGACGGUUGACAACAGCUGAUGUAAUGGCACACAGGUAACUCAGCUGUUAGACUGAAAGACCAUAAAAUAAUUUUAUGGUUGGGGGUCACCACAACAUAAGGAACUGGAACAAAUUCUGCUGUUAUAUGUUCAUCCAUAACGUUUUUAUGACACAGGAGGCAAGAUUUUUUUCACCCGCCCUUGUAUAUAAAAAUAGGCUUGUGCAUGCAUUACAGAUGCAAAAAAUGCGCGUCCCGAGACCUCUUCCCGCAUCCAUUGCAGAGUUUUGGAAAAGGUUAAAUUCACAAGUUAUGAUUUCCGAACUUUGCAUGAAUCAAAAGGGAACGCAUCCCCGGUCUGUGGUGUAAAUAUUAUUAUUAUUAUUCCUGUUGUUCUUGCGCUUUUGCCGAAUAACACUUUUAAUCGUUCUGGAUCAAAGGGACCUUUUGGAUUGUUUUUUUAAUUUCCUCCCCCUUCCGUUUUGUUUCCCUGUUGUAGUAAAUUAUUACGAAGCCAAUGAUAUUUCAUGGCACGUGGUUGUAUCAAGCUGUGCUUGUUUUUUUAAUGGUUAUGAUGAUGACAUUUCUCUCCCUUGUUCCUGAUUAUUUUUACGGUUGUAUUGCUUUGUAUCCAUGAUGUAUAGAUAGAUGUUGUCCUGUGCUGACGAAUGCCUCCCCCACAGAGCGUUAAUUGUGGUUAAUUGUCUUAGUUGCUGUGAGUUUCCCAGGACGUCUGGCCACGAUCCAGAAGCAUUCUCUCCUGACGUUUCGCCCACAUCUAUGGCAGGCAUCCUCUCAGGUUGUGAAGUCUGUGGAAUAAUAUCCAGAACCCUUGUCUGUUGGAGGCAAGCGUGAGCGUUGCAAUUAAUCACCUUGAUUAGCAUUGAAAGGCCUUGCAGCUUCAAAGCCUGACUGAUUCCUGCCUGGGGGAACCCUUUGUUAGGAGGUGUUACAAACUAUCUACAGACCCACCAAGAAAAUCCAAAAAAAAUCCUACAUUCAGCAUGUUGCAAUUAAUCACCUUGAUUAGCAUUGAAAGGCCUUGCAGCUUCAAAGCCUGACUGAUUCUUGACCGGGGGAAUCCUCUGUUAGGAGGUGUUACAAACUAUUUACAGACCCACCAAGAAAAUCCAAAAAAAAAUAUAUGCUUCAUUCAGCAUGUUGCAAUUAAUCACCUUGAUUAGCAUUGAAAAGCCUUGCAGCUUCAAAGCCUGGUUGAUUCCUGCCCGGGGGAAUCCUUUGUUAGGAGGUGUUACAAACUAUCUACAGACCCACCAAGAAAAUCCAUAUAUAUAUAUAUAUAUAUAUAUAUAUAUGCGCAACAUUCAGCAUGUUGCAAUUAAUCACCUUGAUUAGCAUUGAAUGGCCUUGCAGCUUCAAAGCCUGACUGAUUCUUGAUCGGGGGAAUCCUCUGUUAGGAGGUGUUACAAACUAUCUACAGACCCACCAGGAAAAUCCAAAUUUUUUUUUGCUACAUUCAGCAUGUUGCAAUUAAUCACCUUGAUUAGCAAGCACUGAAUGGCCUUGCAGCUUUAAAGCCUGGUUGCAACAGAGAGAAUCCACUGAAAUCCAUAAGAAGCAGGUGGACCAUGUCAACAGAAAGGAGAAAACCAUGAUAGUGAACAAAAUCUGGCGACCGGUAUUUUUUAAAAACUCUAAAAUCAGGACAAUAAAUACAAAACAACACUCAGGAAAUGGGAAUUCCAGACAGGAAACAAUCAGGGCCAGCUAACACCUCACGACAAAAGAUGCCCCCAGCCAGGAAGCAGCCAGGCCUUGAAGCGGCAAGGCUUCCCAGCGACCAUUAAUGUGUAUGCGCCACAGGGAGGCCGAAUGGGCCGUGUAUAGCUUUUGUGUCUGUUAUUCUUAAUCGUUAUUGUUGACUGUCGGAAACCUAUACGCACUUCUCAAGAGACUCGUAAGAGUUCUAUCCUGGGAACCAAAACUUUGUAAAUUCCAAAGCAAGUUUUUCCCAAGUGCCUUGCUGUCAAACGCCUAUCAUACAAAAGGGGGGAAAAGGGACCAACGCGCAGUUAAUGGAAAGAGAAGGAAAAUGAUUUUAUUACUGGAAGAAGAGAGAGGAUGGUGGGUGCAAAGCCGGACUUUCCAGCAAGCAGUCCUUGUCCUGUGCCUUGUUUUGCAUGAGAUGAAUUUUUUCUUAGAUAGUCAUUAACCUGUCGAUUUGUAAUGUCAUUAAAGAACGGAUUCCAA